AUGGUAGUACAAGACUGGCUGAAUCGAUAUAAACUUCUCCUAAAUAUUGCAAAAUCGAAUGUUGUUGUCUAUCACUCCAGAGAUAGACCGCGGAUAGAAAUCAAUGGGGAAAGGCUCCAAGUCAUAAAUAGCUACAAGUAUCUAGGGUACCUGGUUGACAAGAGGAUUGGAAACACUACACACUUAAAAGAGAGAUUGGGGAAGAUGAAAGCCUCUGUUGGAACAUUCAUGGGAAUGCUGCAUGCAAUGAAAGGCGUAAGGAUAGAAAAGAAGAAGACGAUAGCUAGAGCAUGCAUCAACACAGUCGCACUAUAUGGCACUGAAGUGUUUGCUACAUCUGAGAACUACAACAGCGUUUUAGAAAUGAUGGAGCGGCUUCAGAGAAGGUAUGCCAGAAGACUACUUGGAGCGCCCAUGAAUGCAUGCAACGAGACUGUAUUAAAUGACGCAGACAUAGUUAGCAUUGAAACGGAGCUAGACAACAGAUUGCUAGCGUUCAGAUGUAGAUUACAGACCAAAGGGAAUGCGAUCAUCCAGGAUUUACUACAAAUUAAUAAACAAUGAUUAUUACCAUGGGAAAUAAGAUGCAGAAAGGUGCAAGAAAAAUACGGGCUGCCUGACGAUGGUAUCAAUGAUCAUUGAAGUAAGAUGAAAAUGAGAUCUGAUGCCAAAAAAAUAGAAAGAAUGUCAACUGAAACAUGAAAAACAACUGGAUUAUACAGGACUCUGAUAGGAAGCGAACCGAAGGAUGGACUGCCGCUAUAUUUGCGGGGCACUCCAGCAAUGAAUGGAGCAACCAGCAUAAUUUUUGGAUUAAGGGCAGGCUCAAACUUUAUAGAAGUUUUCUAUGUUUGGCGCUGUAAGGCCGAUAAAUUCUGAUCGGAAUUUAUCGGUUGGUUGCACCAAAUCAAAUGCCUUGGUCGGACCAAAAAGCGAUUUGGUCCGACGAACUUGGAAAGCUCCUGGGAAAAUGUCUGCUGCGCUUUCAGCGCUAUAUAGAGGAAACCUCUAUACCAAUCAGUGUAGAUAUACUAGGCACAUCAUUGACAGUCCUGAUUGCAAAUUCUGUGGAAAGCCGGUAGAAGAUGAAGUACAUGUAAUUGAAGAAUGUGAAGCAUAUGAAGAAAGCAGGAUAAAGAUUACUGAAUUUUUGAAGGGAUUAUUAAAGGAUGACUUCUCAUUGCUAAAAUUGACAGAGAUAGUUUUAUACAGCUGAAGGCUUGAACAAGUCAUGAAAAAGAAAUGCUGAAGGGAAAUAGAAGCUCUCAACAAAAAUGUGAAUGGCUUUUUUAAAGAAAUCUUAGAAGAAACCUGUAUUUCCAAAAUCCAAAUACAUCAGGAAGACUAG